AUGGCUGAAGCAGAUUCCAACCCUCAGCAGCCCCUGCUGGUGAAAGGCAGCGAUGAGGAGCAGAGGCUCAAGUACCUGGACUUCGUGCAGGCCGCGGCUCUCCACGCGGUGAUGUUCGCCGCGAGGCUGUACGGUUACGCCAAGGAGAGAUCGGGCCCGCUCAAGCCCGGUGUUGACACUGUUGAGGGCACCGUGAGAGCCGUCGUUGGCCCGGUUUACGACAAGUAUCACGGCGUCCCUGUCGACGUUCUGAAAUUCGUUGAUCGCAAGGUUGAUGAAUCUGUGGUCAAAGUUCAAAGCCGUGUGCCCCCGACCCUGAAGGAGGUUUCGGCCCAAGCCCUUGGGGCUGCCCAGUCGGUUGUUGCCGAGGUAAAGAGCACUGGCGUGUUGGGGACUGCAAAAACCGUAUAUGCCAAGUGUGAGCCUGCUGCAAAGGACAUGUACACAAAAUACGAGCCAGUGGCUGAGCAGUACGCCACCUCAGCUUGGCACUCACUGAACCAGCUUCCGGGCUUCCCUAAGGUUGUCCGUGUUGUGGGUCCCACAGCCAGCUACUGCACGAACAGGUACAACGAGACCGUCCGGGAGGCUGCCGGAAAAGGCUACAGGCUUGCGUCUCAUCUUCCUCUGGUUCCCACCGAGAGGAUUGCCAAGGUGCUAAGCACAUGA